GGAUAGCUGGUGAUAUCGUCAUAUCAGGAAAAACCCGUGGCGAACACGACAAUAAUCUGAAGGCAGUCAUGGAGUGUGCUCAAGAAACCGGCGUCCGAUUCAACCCAGACAAGUGCCAGAUUGCACGUACAGAAUUAUCAUUCUGUGGCCACACGAUUAGUGCUACUGGUCUCAAGCCGGACCCCAAAAAAUUGAAGCCAUCAGAAGUCUACAAGUCUCACAGACCUGCAGACUUUGCUUGGAAUG